GGGUUCCAUUGAGAACGGUAAAACCAAGCAAAACACAAAAAGUGGGUCCAAACAAAGGACACGCGCGGAAAUGCGUUUCGACACGUCCAUUUCCGUCCGCGAGCGGUAACGAACUCGACCCAAUAUAACCGACUGAGUCAACUGCGCAGUAGGCAUUAGUCAACGAGUGUCAGCCUCGUCGUCAGUAUCGCCGCCAUUUUAUAUAACAGUUGUGGCUUGGCGAUCGUGAUCGUGGUCAGUGUUGUACGCGAAUGUACUUGCUCAGAUAUUUCCGAAUUGUUCGGUGAUAAUUCAUGCCUUUAUACUAAAACAACUUUGUUAUGAAGACGUGAUUAUGGUGUAAUAUUGGUGGUUUUAAAUCGAUAUAUAACAUUAGUGUGUGGUAUUCCUUCUAUUUAAUGACACAACACGUUUAUAUUCAGGAGGAGUAAGCGUACUACAAGCGUUGUGAUAUGGCUAGAGUUCUAUUAUACGAGAGAGUAGUGGAUGCUGUACUCACACAUGCAAAUUCAUCACAUGAUUCGGAGAUCCAAGAUGGGAUGAAGAUUAAAGAUGAGCCCGAUGAUAUGACAUUAAAUACUGACACGAGGGAUGCAUUAAUUAGAAAUCUCUCUAAUUUAAAAAAUGAUACGUUAAAUAGAAAUUGUUCUAAUAUGAUCAAUCACGACGAAGCAUCAUUACUCGAAAACGAUAUUGCGCCCAAAACUGUAAAAAGUAGAAAGAGUAAACGUAUAUCCAACAGUCAUUCUGCAUAUGUAGGUGAUGCAGAUAAAACUUUUAAUUUAAAACGUAAAAGAGCGACUGUUAAAACAGAAAAAGUACGCGAUGCUUUGCCCAAGAAGAAACAAAAACGUUCCAACAAUUUCCAAAUUUCUAAAAAUAAGAAUAUUAAUACGUUUACGAAAACAACCGACAAAUUUAAUACAAAAAGAAAACAGCAAAGUAUCACAUCAGAUUCUAGAACCAAAAAGCAACGCACAACUCGAAGAAAAGAAACUGCUACUAAAUGUAAUAUAUGUUUUAGAACAUUCUCCUCUUUUCGAAAUUGUGAAACACAUAAACAAUCUUAUAUUGGAGAUUAUCAAUGCAAAAAUUGUAAAAUGCAUUAUAUGACACACAAGAAAUUUUAUUUGCAUACCAUAAAGUGUUACAGAGCGACGAAAUGUUACAACGUCAAUUGCCGCUCAAGAGUAUUUUGUAAUUUUUGCCAUCGUCCUUUUAAAAAGAAGGCACUUCUACAAUCGCACUUGUUUCACUUACAUAGAGAAUUAAUAUAUUCCAGUAACGUAACUAAACGUGAAAAUCCGAAGUCCAAGAAUGAAAAUCUAUUUCGUAAAAACGACACUUUGAAGACUGAUGCACAUGAAGAGUCACCAUGUCUAAGUAAUCUUAUUAAAUCAAAGAAACGAAAUAUUAUUCUUAUAAAUAAUAAAUCUCCGAGCGAUGAUGAUGUGACGAAGACUGAGAACUUAAGAACUGAAGAAUCAUUCAGUGAUGGAAUGUCACCUAUGAAAAAAUUACGGCAACCAACAUUAACAGAAUAUCUUGAACUCUGCAAAAGAAAACGCGAUAUUAAUACCAGUCCAAAUAAAUCUAACAUUAUAAAAGAUAGUUUUCCGUCCGCUUUAUUUCACGAUGAAAAAAGGAUAAACAAUCCUAAAUCAAAUUUUUCAGAGAUGUAUAAUGAACAAGUUGAUUCUUUAUCUACAAAAUCAAGUAAUUUAGAACAAAUGGCACAUUCUACUUUGGAGCAAAAUAGAAAUCACGAAGUAUCCAAAAAGCCAUUUGUAAAAUUACAUGCGGAUGUUGAAAUGAUGAAAUCUUUUCUGGAAAAACUUCCAAAUACUAUUAUCGAAGAUAAAGUAACCAAAGAUCAAAGGAAUGACAUUAUUUCAUAUUAUCAAGAAGUGCCAUAUAGUUUACGGUCUCUAAGAACUAUAUCUUCCGCGGGAACAGUUUCAAGUUUAAGAAAGAGGAAGAGCAAAGAAUCUGAGAAAUCUCAAUUUAACACAAAACGUAGUACUAAAACGGAGCACAAUGUGACUAAUUUAAAUAAAAUAGAUUCUAACUUCUGGAAAACCGCUAUGGUCCGUUUUAACUGCAAGGAUUGUAGAAUUAUUUUAACAAGGUGCGAUGAGAACAUAAUAAAUUAUCAUCAAAUUCCUGCAAUUAAAACCACGUUUAAGGAAAACAUCUCCUUCUCUCCUCAAUGUAAUUCUAUGUUGUUUCAAGAAAAUGAUGUACGAAAUGAAAUGGUGCUAAAAAAGUUAGAAGUUUCUCUGGAACGUUUAACAACUGUUUCAGCUGUAGAUAUCACAAAAAUGAAGACAGUAUCGGACACCGAGAAAUGCAAUGAUGGUUCCUUCUUGUGUAAAGUUUGUAAGAAGAGUUUCUCUUCAAAAUUGGACAAGCAUAUGCACAUUAAGUCAUCUCAUAUAGCGUAUAUGUCAAGUAUAUGCGACGCACGAUAUAAGCUGAAACAUAAAUUACUUCAACAUUACUUGAGUGAACAUCUAUCUAAGCAAAAUCAAUGUUGUGUUUGUUAUACUGUAUUAUCUAGUUAUGUAGAGUUGAAACGACACUUAAAUGUUCACUGUUUGAAGUAUGUUCAAAAAGAAAAUGAUCAAUGUCCAAUAGAUAUUGAGGUAAAAUGCAGUUCGAUAAAAAACAAUUAUAAGUGUCUUCAAUGUAGCACUGUAUUCCUAACGCAGACAAGUUUGAUGAUACAUCAAAGUUUUUGUAUACUACAGGAAGAGAUGACCACGGAUCAAGAAGAUUCCAUGAAAAGGAUAGAUGAGUUGCCGAAAAUUAUUCUUAAGGUGCAGCGCAGCAAUAAUGCCAAUGGACUUACGGUUAUAUGUGAUGAAAAGACUCAUUCUGAUGAUGAAUGCUUAAAUAAGAACUCUGCAGAAAUGACAAAUGAACAUCGUAUAUCGCCAAUUAGUGAAGAGGAUCCAAAAGUUAUUAAGGAGACAGAAAUUAAUGAAAAUGAACAAAACUCUUCUGUUAAUAAUAAUUUAGUUACAAAAGAAAUCGGAAUUGUCAACGAAUCACAAAAUUCUGAAAAGCUUUUGGAAAAUAGUAAUUCUACGAUUAGUAACCAAGAUAUUGCAAAUGCGCAAUUGGAUGUUAUUAAACCAAGAAUUGACAUUUAUCCCUGUGAUAUAUGUGGAAGACAAUUUCACAGCCAUAAAAAUUUGCAGCAACACAUACGUACUUUUAAUUAUACUACUGAUGUCUGUCCGAUAUGUGGCACUGCAUUUAGUUCGAAACGUCUUCUACAGACACAUAUUACUGCGGCACAUGUACCGCAGAUCUCAAAAACCUACAGUUUCCAUUGCGUUUUUUGUAAUCAAGGUUUUUUUAAAAAAUAUGAACUUCGGCCCCAUAUAUUACAUCUGCAUGGCCAACAAAUACUUGACACACUCACGCACGAUUCUCGCACGAAUGAAGAGAUAUCAGAUACUCAAACUACGAUGUGUAAUGUAUGUGAUUUGGUAUUUGAGACGCAUGACCGUUAUAUGGAACACAGGAUGUACUAUUACAAGAAUCAUACAUUUACGUGCUCGCUCUGUGCACAAAAGUUUCAAGGAAUGUACAUGUUGAAUCAUCAUAACAAACUUACACAUUAUUCAGAAGAUAAGCGUAAAUCCUACAAUUAUAUUUGCAACAUAUGUAAUGAGGGAUUUAAUCACGAGAAACAUUUUCAUUCGCAUAAUAUGCAUGUCCAUUCGAAUGAAGAGAAUUUGACUGAGAUUGUAAAAGAAUCUGAAGAAAGAAGUCAAUUUGAUCACGCAUCCGAGGCCCAAGAACAUAUUAGAAAUUGUUCUACAAAUCAACAAAAAGAAAUUGAACAAUCCCCCAAUGAAUACACUUGCCACAUAUGCCAAUUAAAAUGUAUAGAUUCUGAUGAUAUGGCAAAGCAUACAGCCUUUUACUCUAAUGAUGGCGAUUUUAGAUGUGAUAGAUGCAAGAGGCAAUGUAGAACAUUUAAACUGCUUUAUGAACAUAGACAAUUAACUCAUUUUUGUCGUGAUACUUAUAAUGGAUAUGCGUGCCGCAUUUGCGGCGAAGUUCUGGAAACGAUUAUUUCAUUGAAAUGUCACAAGAAACACUUUCAUUCAAAUGAUACUGUGUAUGAUGACGCAUAUGACCGUAAAGAUUGUGAACAGACGUUAUCUUUGAAUACUGCAAGUAAAGUAAUAGAACACAAAUUUAAAUCUAACAAUACACAUAAUACAGCAAAAUGUAGAUAUAACUGCUUAUUCUGUGACAUGAAGUUUUUCUCUGCUAAUGCUAUCCAGACACAUAUUCUUCAAACCCAUUUUGAUGAUUUGGCUGCCAAACGCAUUGCCCUAAAAUCUCCAUUUUUCAUUAUUGAAGGCGACAAUAUUCGGAAACACUCUGUUCAGCAAUUGGUUGAAGCUAAUCAAGCAUCAACAUCAGCAGUAACAUUAUCAUCAACAGCAACAACUAGAACAUUAACGCCAGCAGCAGCAACUAGAACAUUAACAUCAGCAACAGCAAUUACAACAUCAGCAACAACAAUCACAGCAUCAGCAUCACCAGCGGCAACUACAAAAUCAAUCUCAGCAGCAACAACUACAAUAUCAACAUCAGCAACAGCGGCAGCAGCAACAACUACAAUAUCAACAUCAGCAACAGCGGUAGCAGCAACAUUAGAAGAUAACUCGACGCAAUUUUUUCAAGAUAAAAUCUCGAAUAUUUUAGAUAAAAAGGAAAUAAAAGAUAAAACUGAUAUUGUACUACCAAAUCAAAUUAAAGCUAUACUUUUGGAAAAUAAUAAAAUCAUGCAGAAAAUUCCUGCGAUGCCAUCUAUUAGUGGAUUUAAGACUAACAUUGCAGCAUCUGUGGCUAUUGCAUUAAGUAAUCAAUUUAAUGCUAAUGGUUCUAAAGUUAAAGUUUUAGUUCCCGUAUCCAUUGAAUCAACUAAUGAUCCUCAAAAAGAUUAUACAAAUUCUUUAAAAUCUGCGUCGAUUAAUGAGGUUAAUACCAACUUAAUAUUGUCAUCCAAUAAAUCUACUGAUAAAUUUAAAGACUCUGUGAUCCAAUCAACUGCAUCACUCAAAACUGUAGUUAUCGUACCACAAGCUUGGAAAAGCAAUGAAACUACAAAUCAGAAGUCUGAACCAAUCCGUAGUUACAAUUGUAAUUCUAAUUACACAUGUCCUUUAUGUCCAUUAGAGUAUCCAUCUUUGAUGUUCUUUCACGCUCAUCUGAGAUAUGCUCAUGCGGAGUCCAUUCAAACUGAUAUGAUUAAUUCACAAUUGAAUGGAUCAGCUCAGGAGGACUUGUUGAUAAAAUGUUUAUUAUGCCUAUGUAAGUUUACUGACGAAGACAAGUAUAAAAGUCAUUUGAAGAACCACACUGAUUAUGUAUGUAUGUCGAACUCGAAGAAUGUGGAAAAAACGGAUGAGAAGAAAAAGAGCACAACGCCUGAAGUUAUUACUGUAGAUGAUGAUGACGAUGUCGAGAAUAGUUUGAAUCAACGUACAGUCGAAGCUACAGCCACACUCGCUCACGGAAAACAGAAUGAGAAAAUUGGUAAAUUGAGAGUGAAGCCUUUCGCGAAGAUUAUGGAAAACUUAUCUAUGGAGUAUGCGUUGAAACACCUACAGUCUAAGCAAGUCUCUCAUUCUUCAUAAAAGUUCUAGAUCUAAUUCUGACAAUGCAGUUAAUAACACAGUUAAUUGUUGUUAAUUGUCUUCGUAUAUAAAUGCAAAGAAUGUUGUUUCGGUUAUGAUUUAAUGAUUUGUUACAGAAAGAUAGCUGAAUGACGAAAGGAAUUAAUUUAUUCUUUAUUAUAUACGAUCCUUUUUUUUUACAUGGGGAAAAUUUUUGACAAGACUACCCUCGGCUCCUAGGAGAUGGGGGAGGGGUUUGCCGAGGGUAGUGUGGGAUUUCUACUCACUAAAAAUCCCAUGGUGGCCUACCCUGCGCAUAUGUAGGGGGGGCCCGGAAACCUCAACAGGACAUUUCCAGACCCUCCCUGUGCUGGAUUUUCUUGAGAAAACGGAUACGAUUCCUAACCAGUAUUUAACAUACAGGUUAAUUAGCUAUAUAAGUUUUAUUUUAUAUAAGAACGAAUAUGCAUAAUACUAUUAUUAUUAUAUUAUCAAAUUAAACUGAUAUAAAGUAAAACUUAACAUUAUUACAUGAAUGCGUAUAAAAGUAGGAUAUAUUAUUAUACAUGUAUACGGAACUCUUCGGAUUAGGUAUUUACAUGUAUUUAUAUCCAUUUACACAUGGAUAAACGACAAUUAUACAUAUAUAUAGUUAGGAUCUUAUAUAUAUAUCAUUAAUUACUACAUAUAUAUCAAUUUACAAAGUAAUUAAAAUAGUAUAAUUAUUUAAUAUUAUA